AAAUAAUUUGAGCUACAAGGCAUAACAAGACAAAAUGGUGAAAAAGAUUGUCGACACUUGGAAGGUAGAUGAUGAUAAGCCUGUAAUUGUGGAAAAGUACGACAAGGUUGCAGUGAAGAAUGGAAUUGAUGAUCUGCUGCGCAAGACUUUCACUACAAAGUACAGUGUUACAGAGACUUUCAAAACAAGAGACACCAGACUCCUUAUUUGCUUCAUAGCCUGUGUUUUCUCUGGAUUUGGUUGCUUGUAUGACUUUCUUCAUCCCUUCCCUGAGUCAAAGCUGAUACUGGCUCUGUGCAGUUUGUCCUACUUUACUAUUACUGGCCUCCUAUACGUCUGGGAGUGGUUUGUAGAAAAAGGCACAUUUUUCGAGGGACAUCUAAAUGGUAACAAGGUGAAACUGUCAAGUUAUAUUCCCCGUUACUCUGGCGACUACACCAUCUCCGGAGAAAGUGAAGUAGAUGGCACUACAUCGGAGGUAAAGUACACCAAAUGUAUCAGUACGUGGCUGGACGAGUCUGGUAAAAUACUCCCGGACAUCAUUGAGAAGGAAACUGAGCAGCUGUACCAGAGCAUGUUUAAAUCUAAAGCUCAGUAACUAUCACGUGUUCGGUAAUUAUCACGUGGUGUUAAAAAUAUGUUGACGAUGUUACCUGAAGUUAGCGGCCUUACCUUUGUUAUAUAUUUUAAUCUGCUGACGCCUGACCAGGGAUCUUCAAAGUUCAAGGCUUUUCUUUCAGAUUUAUUUUAAAUUUCAUGGAUUUCAAUUAGUAUUUAUGUUAUGGUUAAACACGGUUACAAUUUCAAUUAUAUACUUGAUGUGAAUAGUGA